UUUAGAUUUUGUUUUAAUUAAUUAGAGAUGGGGAGGGAUGGUAAAACAAUUAGUCGUCCGUUUAUCGGACUAUUAUCUUUGCUUGGCAUGCUAACCAUUGUUAUGGCGGCUGAUCAUAACUAUGGCGACGCUUUGUCCAAAAGCAUCCUAUUCUUUGAGGGUCAGAGGUCCGGCAAACUACCCGCUAACCAACGUGUGUCUUGGAGAAAAGAUUCUGCUCUUCAAGAUGGUUCAGAUUGGAAGGUGGACUUGGCAGGAGGAUACUACGAUGCAGGUGACAACGUAAAGUAUACUUUCCCAAUGGCCUUUACCACCACAUUGCUUGCAUGGAGUGUGGUGGAAUACGGAGGAGACAUGGGAAACGAGGAGUUGACCCAUGCACUUGAAGCCGUACGCUGGUCAACGGACUUCUUGCUAAAG